AUGAAGAACAUCAGCAUCUUUGCGCUUUCCUCCCUCCUCCUCUCCGUCUCCGCGGUGCCAAUGAAGGCCAAGCGUGACAUUGUCUGGGUCACCAAGACCGCCGAAGUUGUCGAGACUGUCCAAGUCACCAAGACCAUUUGGGUCAACGCUACCGGCCGUCCGAACCGCAGCCGCUCGCGCACUCGCACUUCGACUUCGACCGUCGAGACAACUUCUUUGAGCACCUCCACCCUCUAUGUGGCUCCAACCACCUCUACCCCUGAGGUCGCUCCUACCACGUCUGAGAUCCCUUCGUCGAUCUACGUGGCCCCGACAACCACUGAGACUCCUACCACCACUCAGGCCCCCUCGUCGACUUAUGUCCCGCCGCCGCCUCCCGCUACGACCGAGGCUCCUUCUUCAACAUACGUCGCGCCCGUCUCCUCUGCCGCUCCAGUCGUGUCUAUUGCUCCAGUCGAGAAGGCCGCCGUUGCCAGUACUAGCAGCAGCGGUGCCACCUACACCGGUCAGCUGACCUGGUACGUAACCGGCAUGGGCUCCUGCGGCAUCGUGUCCGGGUCGACCGAGCCCAUCGUCGCCGUCAGCCACGUCCUAUAUGACGCGACGAAAGUCGACGGCAACCCGAACCACAACACCAUCUGCGGAAAGAAGGUCAGCAUCGAAUACGCCGGCAAGUCGCACGUCGCCACCGUCGUCGACCGCUGCGAGGGCUGCAAGGAGGGCGACCUCGACCUGUCCAACGGCUUCUUCAACACCGUCACCAACUUCGGUGACGGCCGCGUCAGUGGUGCCAAGUGGAGCUUCAUUUCCUAA